AUGUCAUCUCGGCUGGAGGACGGGUCGUGGGUCGUGCCUGGGGGAUCACAUGGUACCGAGGUCGUGCAGGGACGACGCAGUGCAAGCAGCCUGCUCGAAGAUCUGUCCACUGAAGAUCUGUCCACUGAAGAUCUGUCCACUGAAGAUCUGUCCACUGAAGAUCUGUCCACUGAAGAUCUGUCCACUGAAGAUCUGUCCACUGAAGAUCUGUCCACUGAAGAUCUGUCCACUGAAGAUCUGCCCACUGAAGAUCUGCCCACUGAAGAUCUGCCCACUGAAGAUCUGCCCACUGAAGAUCUGCCCACUGAAGAUCUGCCCACUGAAGAUCUGCCCACUGAAGAUCUGCCCACUGAAGAUCUGCCCACUGAAGAUCUGCCCACUGAAGAUCUGCCCACUGAAGAUCUGCCCACUGAAGAUCUGCCCACUGAAGAUCUGCCCACUGAAGAUCUGCCCACUGAAGAUCUGCCCACUGAAGAUCUGCCCACUGAAGAUCUGCCCACUGAAGAUCUGCCCACUGAAGAUCUGCCCACUGAAGAUCUGCCCACUGAAGAUCUGCCCACUGAAGAUCUGCCCACUGAAGAUCUGCCCACUGAAGAUCUGCCCACUGAAGAUCUGCCCACUGAAGAUCUGUCCACUGAAGAUCUGUCCCUGCAGGCAGGCUGUCAGUGCAACGAGACGUCGACCAGCAGAGCGGAGUGA